CUCUAACCCAAACACGAAGCGCUACUCGAUUUCGAUUCCUCUACCUUCUUACUCCCAUGGAACUCAUCACCCUCCUAUUCUUCACCCUCCUCCUCCCCCCGCUCACGUUAGCCACCAUCCCUGCCUGCAAGAGCACGUGCGGCUCCCUCCCUGUCAAAUACCCUCUGGGAACCGGCCCCGGCUGCGGCUCCCCUCGUUUCCACCCCUCCGUAUCGUGCGCACCCAACGACCAGCUCAUCCUCACAACCCACACCGGCUCUUACCCCAUCACCUCCAUAUCCUACGCCACCUCCACCUUAAUCAUCACCCCUCCUCUCAUGUCCACCUGCUCUUCCAUGCAACCCUGUCCCAACUUCGGCAUCGAUUGGGCCGCUCCCUUCCAGCUUGGCCCUUCCAUCUUCCUCCUCUUAUCCUGCGCCAACCCCUCCUCUUCUCUCUUCUUCAAAGGCAGCCCCCUCUGCGACUCCUCCAACUCCCAUCUGUGCGCCGCGAUGUACACUUGUCCGUCCGUCGGCUCCCUCGGCCUCCCCCUCUUCGCGCCCAGCAACUCCUGCUGUGUGUAUUCUCCUGCGAAUCUCGGUCCCCACGGGGAUCUCGACCUGCAGGGGCUAAAGUGCGCUGCCUAUGCGUCGGUUGUAUCGCUGGGAGAUUACCAGACGGACCCUAGCCGGUGGGAGUACGGGGUGGCGUUGAAGUUUAGCCCUGGCGGGUUUGAUAAUUACAACUUUGCCACUGCGUGCGCCGCGUGCGAGAAAAGCGAAGGAGUGUGCGGGUACACUCCUCCCAGGAACUACUUCGUCUGCGUCUGUAAGAGCGGCGCGAAUACGAGCUCGGACUGUUACGGGCAGGUGGCCUUUUGGAACGCCGCCGUACGACCGAGGGGCGGAUUCUCAAUCGCGGGUAGAGCUUGGUGGGCCACGUUGCUUGUGAUGGGUUUUUGGGUUGGGCUGUAAGGAGAGAGAUGUUAGUAAUUUUCGUUACAGAGAGAAAUGUUCACAUCCAUAUGUUGAAGAAGAAAGAAAUGAUACCGUGCACCAGUUCCCCUGAA